GAAAUCUCUCAAUAACAUUUAAUUAUUGCCGUUUGACAACCCUGGCGAAAAAAUAGGCAAACAGCAGCUGUCAACCUGGAUAAUGGCGGAGCGUGGCAUCGAAGUGCCUAUGCAGCCCUAUGCUGGCCCGCUACUCCUCAUCAAGGAUCUCACCAUUCCGGAUACUUCGUCCACCACAUCCAAGGCUAGACCUUCAUUUUUCGAUCGUAGUUGCGUCCUAAAAAGGCUACUGAUGGUUUUGGGCCAAGAAUACCCCGACGAGGAGUUCAACAUCGAAUGUGAUGAUCCUCUUAUUAAAGGUUUCAUGGCAGGUUUGGAGACAUUUAUGAAGUUUACGGUUCAAAAGUCUGUAGAGCAGUGCGAACAGCGAAUUAGCUAUUUUUUAUUCAACGACAAAAGGUGUACUAUGAAGAACGAAAUGCGAUCGACGAUGACCUUUCUGAAUGAUCUGGAAAAGGCCGAUUCUGGAUCCUCCGAUGAAGAUGACUUUUAUCGAAAAAAUUGCAACCUGGAAUCCCGAGAUCUGAAAAUUUCCAGGAUGAAAAUGGCAACGACUAAUACUACUGCUCUCAAUGCUAUUGGAGAGAAGCGUCCUGUUGGAGGCCAAAAGGCACAACCAGGUGCCCCUGGUAAUCUACAACGUAUGCGAAAGAAAUAUCUAAACGUUCACGAUGUGAUGCAGUUCAUGGCGGAGGACAAGCGCUUUUCCAGGAGCAAUAUGCUUUUUCUAGCCCAUUUGAAAUAUAAGCCUUAA